UUCAUUUGAAGUUAUAAUAUUGAGAAGUGUUAGAGACAGCAAGUUGAGAAUGAAUUUCCUGAUGAACGUAUAUUGCUGGGUUUCGUUUUUCUCGUGUAUCUGCAUAGCAGCUAAUACUGAUGUUCUAGAAUCGCCUCGAGUAACCAAUGACUGUUCCAGAUGCCAUGAUGCAGGGAUCCGGAUCAAGUCCUCUUUGGAUGAGUCUGUGCAUCCUUGUGAGAAUUUCUACCAGUUCGCCUGUGGUGGUUGGAUAAAAGAUCAUGCAAUUCCUGAGAACGGAUUUUUGUCUUUUAUCAAAUCCAAAUUUAAAAACAGUAGUACCUUUAAUUUCUGGGAUUCAACUGAUAAUGUUUCAUCAACUAUCAAGAAUUACGUGGAUCAGAUUGAGCAACCUUGUGACGGAUCCAAUCAGUACGCCUGUGGUGGCCGGAACAAUUCACUUGUUAUUCCUGAAAACAGAUAUUACGUUUCUGUCUUAACUAAACUUCAGCAGUAUGUUCCCUUUCAAAUUUGGCAUCUCUUAAACAUGACUUCGUCGGGAAAUGAACCUGAUUUCUUUCGCAAGAUAAAAGUAAUGUUCAACACUUGCAUGGAUGAAAGAAGCAUAGAAAUAGCGGGAGACAAACCUUUGAAAAAGAUUCUAAUCGAAUUGGAGGGCUGGCCAGUAGUGAAAGGUGAUUCCUGGUAUAGUCACACAUUCAACUGGACUCACGUUCUCGUUACUCUCCGAAAGAUGGGUUACGAUCACAAUAUUCUCUUUCAUGUAUCUGUCACAAAGGACCUUAUGCACGAUUCACUGAACAUUUUAAAGAUCAACAAGCCGUCAUUUGGAAUAGAUCCUAAGUCUCUCAUAAAUGGAAUGAAUGAUUCCUCCACAGCUUCUUACUUAGACCUGAUGAUAAAAGCAGCUCACCUAUUGGCUUUAGAUGAUAGUUCCUCUAUGGAGUUUGAAAGAAAACCGAAUAUAGUAAAAGAAAUGAAAGAAGCACUCAAUUUCGAAAUCAUGCUCGCAAAAAUUUCUUUGCUGUUUGAGGAGAGACCAUACGAGAUUGUUAAGGAUCCAAGGAUUACUGUUCAGGAUCUUAUUAAUAGGAUGCCAGAGGUAGAGUGGCGUUACUUCUUAAACAACAUAGUCAUGGAACCAAUCAAUGAAAAGGAAUAUUUAAUAAUUAAAGAUCUAGAUGCCCUUGAGAAAAUCGUCCGUUUGACCAAUGAAACUAGUCCUAGAGUGGUGGCAAAUUAUAUGAUAUGGAGAGCUAUUCAUCAGUCACUGCCGUUAUUGUCAAAGGACUGGAGAAAUUUAGACCGCAGGACAAUAGAUAACCCACUUGCCCUAGAUACCCAACAUCGUUGGCAAUACUGCGCUUCCUUCCUUACGGAUAACUAUUUGGGAAUGGCCGUCACUUCAUACUACGUACGACACUAUUUCAAAAAUGAAAGCGUGAAAACUGCACACAGUAUGACUGAAUACAUUCACGAAGCAUUCAUCAAGAUGCUAGGAAGGGCUCGUUGGAUGGAUGAAGAAACUUUUGCAGAAGCACUAGAUAAGGCUUUGACUAUAUCGUAUCACAUUGGAUGUUCAACUGAACUUUCGAAUUAUACUUUUGUCUCUGAUACAUACAAAAAUCUAUAUAUGAACGACAGAAGUUAUUUUGAUAAUGCACUGAGCGUCCGUAAGUGGGCAACUAACAAAUACUAUUCUCAGCUUCGGAAACCUAAGAUAACAAAACAGUUAGAGAAACAUGCAGAAAGAAUUCUUGUGAACCCCUUUUAUAAUCCAAAGGAUAACAACAUUGUUGUGCAUGCGGGAAUAUUCCAAGAUCCAUAUUUCAACCCUGAUCAACCAAAUUACCUGAAUUUUGGAGCCCUCGGAUCAUUGAUUGGUUUUGCAUUGGCACAUGCCUUCUAUGACAAAGAUCGACCGCUUGAUAAGGAUGGAAAUAAAGUCAAAGAGUGGAGCGAUUACACAAUGGCAAGUUUUAAGGAAAACGCUCAGUGUUUUAUAAAGCAAUACAAUGAUUACAGAAUUGAAUUUUCAGUCGGGCUAAAGGAUUAUCGAUUUAUUAAGGUUGAUGGUAAUGAGACACUUGAUGAAAAUAUAGCUGACAACGGCGGUCUGAAAGCAGCUUAUUUGGCAUAUCAAGCAUGGGCAGAAAACAAUACACCAGAGCCGCUAUUGCCGAACUUGAACUACACCCAACAGCAGUUAUUCUGGAUAAGUGCUGCUCAAGCAAGAUGUGAAAAAGCAGACGGAUUAUUCCAUUAUGUAAGGUACCUAACUAACUCGCACAUCCCACAAAAUUUUAGAAUUAUAGGAGCUAUGUCCAACCUACCCGACUUUGUUCGAGAUUUUGAUUGCUCAUGUUUUAAGGGAAUGGAUCGCAAAAAUAAAUGUCGAAUUUGGUAGAAAGUCAGCAGAAAAAAUUCAAGUCUUUUUAGUGUGUAAUAAAUACUUCCUAUUUGUAUUAUAUGUAAAGUAUCUGAGCAGAUCUACACCAGCGAAAAAAUUCUUUUGUUCAAAUAAAAUGUUUUGAUAUCCUUCA